CAAUAGUAAUUUUUUCAUCUUGAUGCACCAUAUUGGGUCUAUCAACAAUUAGAUACAGGAUUGAUUUCUCAUUUCUUAUGGCUAAUUAAAUGGUUGGUACUUGGUACAGUAUCUCCAUAUAAUUAAUGCCGGCUAAGCAUGCGCAAACGGCAAAGCUCAAAGAAGAAUCUUCAUCACUCACUAGUGUCCCUCAAGAAAAGUAUGGUAAUAACAUCUCGUCAAAUUUUAUGAAGUAAUGCCAAAAAACAUUGUCUAUCAUUUAAUAAUACCUUGGGCUAAUGCGUCCCAACCUUUGUGUCUCUUUCGACAUAACCGAACUUAGCCCGCACUAUUUCAUUUCAUCUAUAAUUCAGAAAUGGAUCAUGCAUGCACUGUGCACCACCCAAAUGGAAAAACCAAGUCCAUUGGCCACUAUUAUGCUCCCCAUUGUUAUUGUGCUUUUGCUUUCACCCCAUGCAUCAUAUGCUGCCCAAGCAACAGAAUCAGUAUAUGAAACUUUUGUUGACUGUCUAAGAAACUACAUUAACUCCCCCAACAUCUCUAACAUAGUCUUUGCCCAAACCAACUCUUCCUAUUCUUCCAUUCUCCGUGCAUACAUUCGUAAUGCCCGGUUCAACACCACCUCUUCACCAAAACCUUUAAUCAUAGUCGCACCAGUGCAAGAAUCUCAUGUCCAGACUGCCGUAAUCUGUGCAGAAAGCAUUGAUAUGCAAAUUAAAACAAGAAGUGGUGGCCAUGACUUUGAAGGCCUCUCAUACAUCUCUGAUGAGCCCUUCAUCAUGCUUGACAUGUUCAACCUCCGCAACAUCACAGUGGAUGCGCAAAACAAGGUUGCUGUGGUCCAAGCCGGUGCCACACUUGGCGAACUUUAUUAUAGGAUUUGGGAGAAGAGUGAUGUUCUUGGCUUUCCUGCAGGGGUGUGCCACACUGUUGGUGUUGGUGGUCAUUUCAGUGGAGGAGGGUAUGGUAACAUGAUGAGAAAAUAUGGGUUAUCCAUUGAUCACAUCAGUGAUGCUCAAAUUGUUGACGUCAAAGGUAGGAUUCUAAACAAGGAGUCAAUGGGGGAAGACCUUUUUUGGGCUAUUAGAGGAGGUGGAGGAGCAAGUUUUGGUGUCAUAUUAUCAUACACAAUUAAGUUGGUUCCUGUGCCUGAAGUUGUUACUGUUUUUCAGGUUGAGAAGACUUUGGAGCAAAAUGCCACUGAUCUUGUUGUGCAAUGGCAACAAGUUGCACCGUACACGGAUGAAAGGCUUUUCAUGAGACUGCAGUUACACCCCAUGAUUUCGAACGUCGGAGAGAGGCACAAAACUGUUAGAGCCGCGGUUAUGACUAUGUUUCUGGGAGGAGCAGAAGAGCUUGUGUCACUUUUGGACAAAAAGUUUCCAACUUUGGGUCUAAAGAAGGAGAAUUGCAUUGAAAUGAGUUGGAUUGAGUCUGUGGUUUGGUGGGAUAGUUUUCCAAAUGGUGCCCACCCAGAAGCUCUACUUGGCAGAAAUCUCAACUCAGCAAAGUUCCUCAAAAGGAAAUCUGAUUAUGUGAAGGAUCCAAUUUCCAAAGACGGGUUAGAAUGGAUAUGGAAAAGGAUGAUUGAGUUGGGACAAACAGGUAUGGCUUUCAAUCCAUAUGGCGGAAGAAUGAAUGAGAUUUCAGCAAAUGCUACAGCAUUUCCUCACCGAGCAGGAAAUCUGUUCAAAAUUGAGUAUUCUGCCAAUUGGGAGGAACCUGGAGGUUCUGCAGAGAAGAACUUUACAACACAAAUUAGAAGGUUACAUAGCUACAUGACACCAUUUGUGUCCAAAAAUCCAAGGAGGGCUUUUCUGAAUUAUAGGGACCUUGACAUUGGUAUUAAUCACCAUGAUAACAAUAGCUACCAAGAAGGGGAGGUUUAUGGUUUUAAGUACUUCGAUGACAACUUCUAUAGACUGGCGAAGAUUAAAACUGAGGUUGAUCCCGGAAACUAUUUCAGAAAUGAACAGAGUAUCCCAACGCUAAAAUUGUGAUACAGGGAACCCAGACGGUGGAACGGAUCGGGUUGAUAAAUUUAAUGGACAUGUUAGUAACGUAUGCUUCCAAUGUGCACUUGAUUGGAAUAAAUAAUAUAUCCACUCAUCUUGUAAAGUUUUUUUUUUAU